UUCCAGUCUCCUCAGAGCACUCGGAAGGGGCUGAGAAAGACGAUGUACGUACGCAACUGAAGAGGCGUCAGAUCCCCAGCCCGACCCAGUGCACCAAAUCCUCCAAACGAGCCAAAAUCAAGGUGACCAUUGUCUCCCACGGAGAUGCUGCUGGCGUGGGGAACGGAGCGCCUCUCAGCACCCAGGCAGAAAUUGUCACUGGAAAGCCGGUCCCCAUGGCUGUCGGCCAGUCUGUGUCGGGCGCAAAGGAGCUGUCAGGACUGCCCACCACCCCCAGGCUGACUUCAGCAGUGGAAACCUCCUCCGCGAGCCCCACCCCCUCCACCGGGAUGCCCAGCAGCACGACGCCCAGCGCUUUCCACGCCCUGCAGGGCAGGCUGGUGGCCAGCAGCGCCCACUGCAUGCAGCCCCAGCCGGCCAGCACCCUCCAAGGAGCAGCAUCUGCCAGCAGCCUGCUGCAAGGGCUGAGCUUCAGCCUGCAGGACAUUGGGACCAAGUCAUCGAGCGUGGCUGCUGCGGGGCCGCCCGUGCAGACCUCCGCUGUGAAGACGUCCGCACCCAUCCAGAACCUGAGUGCCAUAACCACAGGCACCGGCACAAUUGUCCGCACCAUCCCGGUUGCCACCUCUUUGUCUCUGGGAGCCUCGGCAAGCGGGAAGCCCACGGCCAUUCACCAGCUGCUGACGAACGGGGGACUGGCAAAGCUGGCCAGCAGUCUCCCUGGUCUGGCCCAGAUCUCCAACCAGGCAGCAGGCUUGAAGGCCCCGACGACCAUCACUGUGACGCUGUGUGGGCAGCCCAGCCGCAUGACCACGCUCAGCCAGGCCGCGAUGGGGACGGUCCAGCCCCAGCUUGAGGAACAGCCCAUGCAGACGCAGGCGCCUCAGUGGCUGCUGGAGGUUGCCGGAAGCCCUGAGAUAUAUUUAGGGAGGCGUUAUCCUAAAGGUGAAGCUUUUGGAUGGAAGUUGGUGACCGCCGCCAGCCCCACGAGGACUCUCUACGUCACGUCGGACGCCAAGCUGUCUGCGCUUACCAAGUCCGUGAUGGGUGAGGCUACCUCUGUCCCUCUCAAACUGCCAGGCAUCCAGCCUUCCUCCUCCUCAUCCGCCAGCUCUCCCACUGGCACUGUGACCUUUGCCACCUCCCCGCUGGCCAGUGCCCCCAGCCCUCCCAGCAGCCUGCUCCGCUCCAAGGUGGGACCUGUCCUCCAAACCACUUCCAAGACCCUCAUCCUGACCUUCACGCUGGCCCCGGUGAAGGGUGACAGACCCUUGGGACACACUGGGGACAAAGUCAGCCUGACCAGGAGUGCCAUGGCCCUCGGCCAUGCUCUGGGGACAGUGGAGACCCUGGGGAGGGUUCCCUCUGUGGUGGAUGGCGGGAGCACCAUCGCCCACAGUCGCAACGCUCUGCCCAACAGACGCUUGCUGCCUGGAGGGGCUGGCACUGCGCUCGUCACGCUGGGCAGCAGCUUGGCCAACCCCUCUGUCAUCGCCACAGCCAGGACCACGCUCAGCCAGAAGCCAUAG